AUGCCCUUCUCCAACAGCUCUGAGCUCAGCCCGUCCUUCCUGCUGGCCGGCCCGCCGGGGCUGGAGGGAGCGCACUCCUGGCUGCCCGCGGUGCUGUGCGCGGCCUACGCGCUGGCCGUGCUGGCCAACGGCGCCGUGCUGCUGGCCGUGCGCGCCGAGCCGGGCCUGCACGCGCCCAUGUACCUCUUCCUGUGCAUGCUGGCCGCCAUCGACCUGGCGCUGGCCUCGGCCACCGUGCCGCGCACCCUCUGCCUCUACUGGCUGGGCAGCCGCCGCAUCGGCUUCGGCGCCUGCCUCACGCAGAUGUUCCUCAUCCACGCGCUCUCGGCCGCCGAGUCCACCGUGCUGCUGGCCAUGGCGGCCGACCGCUACGUGGCCAUCUGCCACCCGCUGCGCCACGCCGCCGUGCUCGACGGCUGCGCCACGGCCAGGGUGGGGCUGCUGGCCCUGGCGCGCGGCGUGCUCUUCUUCCUGCCGCUGCCCCUGCUGCUGCUGCCGCUGCCCUUCUGCGGGCCCCGCCGCCUGUCCCACUCCUUCUGCCUGCACCAGGACGUGAUGAACCUGGCCUGCGCCAACACCACCCCCAGCGUGGUGUACGGGCUCACCGCCAUCCUGCUGGUCAUGGGGCUGGACGCCGUGCUCAUCUGCCUCUCCUACCUGCUCAUCCUCAGGGCCGUGCUGCGCCUGGCGGCCUGGAGGGAGCGGCUCAAGGUGUUCGGCACCUGCGUCGCCCACAUCUGCGUGGUGCUGGCCUUCUACGUGCCCCUGAUCGGGCUCUCCGUGGUGCACAGGUUCGGCAAGGACCUGGCGCCGCUGGUCCACAUCAUCAUGGGCAACGUCUACAUCCUGGUGCCCGCUGUGCUCAACCCCAUCAUCUACGGGGUGAGGAGCAAGCAGAUCCAGAGGACGAUCCUGAGCUUGAUCCGUGUCACUGACAGAGCUCCCCGGUGA